AUGGGACUUCCGCGUAAGGGAAGCGACAAGAAGAAGAAGGGCAGUCGCAAGCGGAAGGCCAAUGUAUGGGACGAUGCCGAGCCGAAGGACAAGCGCGACGACCCAUCGCGUGCAACGGACGCCCCAAAGCGGCGCAUCAGUCGGUCCAAAGGGUCGAUGAUGAGUCAGUGGCAGACGCAAAAGGUUACGGAGCGCGCUAAAGAGCGCAAGUUCUUUGCUUCGGUGGAGGAAAAGAAGCGCUGGCAACGAGAGCACUAUGAGGAGACGCGCGCGCGCACGUUCAAUGCAAUGUACAAGUCAAAAGACGUGGUCGAAGCCAAAGGUGCGGCGGUGAAGGACAAGAGUGGAGAGAGUGGGAGCAGUGAGGAGAAUGACGAGGAGGAGGAGGAGGAGGAGGAAGACGAAGGACUUUUGGACGGGACGACAAAGUCGACGCUGUUUGAUGAGUUUGUGAAUACGUUCAAGAAAGACGCUACUGAUGCAGAAGAGGAGGCCGAGUAUGAUGACGAGGUAGUGGUCGAUGGGAAUGGAGAGGACGUUGAAGGAGAAGAAGAGGUGACGGAAGAAGAAGAUGGAGAAGAUGGAGAGAAGGAGAUAGAGCGUCCAGAGUGCGUUGCUGCAGUGAAGGAGGAGAUUGAAAAGCAGAUUGCUGCAAUGGCAAAAGACGACGAAGAAGCGGUGGAAGAGGUGUACGAAGAGGAACAAGAAGAUCCGUACCGACGAAGGUAUCUUUUGAGCUCUUUCUCCGAGCAAGAUGCAAAGCAGUUUGAUGCCAUGAGCAGAAAGUUUACAAAGGUUGAGCUUCCGACAGUGGAAAGUGAGGUGUACGACGUCACGUACAGGAACGGCGCUGACGCAGACAUAAAGGGCGUCGCUGGUGUUGUGACAACUCCCGACGUGGCUGUGAAGAAGAAGCCGUAUGUGCGCUCGAGACUGGCGGUGACGUGGAAACAGCGUGGAGUGGACGUGGAGACUUUGUUUGCCAAACGAUCGGUUGAGCGCACGCUCUUCCAGCUGAUGUCAGCAUACACGGACGUGUUUUUCGCUGGUCAGACGUACGAAAACACGGCGACGUUGCGGCGAUUGAGUGCAAUGCACGUGCUGAAUCAUGUCCUCAAAGCUCGCGAUACCGUCACGCGGAACAACGAACGUAUCAAAAAGCAUGAGGCUGGAAAGGCGGACGAGGAGGAGGACAGAGAGUAUCGUGAUCAAGGGUUCUGUCGUGCGAGUGUGCUGGUUUUGCUGCCUCUUCGUAGUGCUGCCGUGGCGUUUGUAGACCAAUUGCUUCGGCUUCUGCCAGCCAAUAUGGAUACUUUCCACAACAAGGACCGCUUCUUCAGCGAGUAUGGAAGUCCAAAGGGCAAAGAAGAGGACGCGGUCGAGGAUGAUGGUUUGAAAGAAUGGCAGCGUGUGUUCGACGAGGGCAACAAUGAUGACUGUUUUCAGCUGGGCGUGUCCUUCUCGCGCAAGGCAGUGCGCUUCUACAGCGAGUAUCACCACGCCGACAUUAUCAUUGCUUCGCCACUUGGACUGCGUCAGCAGCUUGGAGACGAAGUCGCUGUACUUGAUGACGCUGAGACCAGUGCUGACGCAAAACUUUCGAGCGACUUUUUGUCCACGAUUGAGGUUUGCAUCGUAGACUCGGCAAGUCUUAUGAUGAUGCAGAACCUCGAGCACCUGCGGACUGUGCUGCGUGCUGCAAACAUGCAGCCAAAGGAAGCUCCGAAUGCAGACUUUGCUCGCGUGCGUGAAUGGAACUUGGCGUUUUUGGCGUCGUACUUUCGCCAAACAGUCGUGUUCAGUCAUGGCGUGGAGCCCGCUCUCAAUGCGCUGAUGAACAAGACGUGUCGUAACUUGUCCGGUGUCGUUAAGUUUGUCCGUCGUUAUGAUGCAGCGGAUGGUACCGCUUCUAUCUCGCGGGUAGUACCGCAGGUGAAGCAGAUUUUCCAGCGUGUGGAUCUGGAAUAUAGCCAGCGCUUGACUGCUGCAGAUGAAGUGGAUCUGCGCUUCAAUUACUUCAAGAAGCACGUGUUUGAGCCACUGCUCGACCGCCCUCGGAAGAAUGUGCUGAUCUUUAUUCCGUCCUACUUCGACUACGUGCGUGUGCGCAACCUGUUCAACGAUACGAUGAACAAGAAGUUGAUUCGAAGUGUGCAGUGCUGUGAGUACACGACGAACAAGCAGGUGUCUCGUGCCCGCACGGCGUUCUUUCACGGCCAUUGUCAUGUGAUGCUCUACACGGAACGUUUCCACUUUUAUCACCAGUACCAGAUUCGAGGGGUGCGUCAGCUCAUUUGGUACGGACUGCCUGUAAUGGGAGACUUUUACGCCGAGAUGAUGAACAUGCUGCCGAGCAGCGAUACGACGCGACACAGUGAUGAUCGAUUUGCCGAUCCUACAGAUGGCAAGUCGUCCAUUGCUCUCUUCUCGCGUCUCGACCUGUUGCGAUUGCAACGAAUUGUCGGUAACAAGCGAGCCGAGCACAUGUGUCGACCCAAGGCUGCGAAGCCUACGUUCCUGUUCUGCUAG